AUGUCGAGGAAUCCCAAGGUCUUCUUUGACAUCCUAAUCGGAAAGGCGAAAGUGGGUCGUAUCAUAUUUGAGCUGUUUUUUGACGUUACCCCGAAAACUGUGGAAAACUUCGGCGCCCUGUGCACCGGAGAGAAGGGGAUCGGGAAGGGUGGAGACUUCACGAGGGGAAAUGGGACCGGAGGAGAGUCGAUUUACGGGUUGAAGUUUGAGGAUGAGAACUUCAAGAUGAAGCACACGGGGCCGGGAGUUCUUUCAAUGGCAAAUGCCGGGCCAAACACCAAUGGAUCUAAGUUCUUCAUAUGCACUAAGAAGACCCCUUGGCUUAAUGGGAAGCAUGUGGUGUUUAGGAAAGUUGUUGAUGGUUAUAAUGUUGUUAAGCAGAUGAAGAGUGUGAGUUUGGAUACUGGCAAGACUACUUAA